AAAACCAACAGUGAGACCAGGGGGGUGGGGGUGGGGCAGGGCAGUCGGCUUAGCUGCUUUUUCUUUCCAGAACCUGCCCAUUUCUUCAAACAUUUUCUGGGACCCUUGCCUGAGUUUUCAGCUUUCCCAUUGCCAGCUGUCCAUGGUCCCAGCACUUAGGGUAUGAUUUCUCUCCCACUAGUCAUCCUCAUCGUUACCUUCCUACUCAAGGAAGGGCAUCAUUCUCGUAGCAGAUUUCCAGACCGCUGUCCUAAGGUCCAAGGUUAUCGCUAAGAAGGCAGUGGUGUACAAGGCCUGCCUGACAUCUUUGGUUUGAGGAGGCAGAUUGCUGACCAGAACCCUAACAUUGGGCCCAUCUUGAGAUAGCUUUGUCCUUCCCUGCACACCGAAACCACUUAUCAGAAUGUUUAUCACCAUUCUCCAUGGAGAUCAUGAAAAGACCCUAUUUAACUCUCACUGCAAAGUAGAGGCGCUGUUGAACAGUAUCAAGCAGUGCUGUGGCUGUGAGCCUGAAGGGAUGAUUGAACUGGCAGACGAGAAUGGUCAGCUGAAAAACCUUCUCCAGUACCGCCAGCUCUAUGCAUCUGAACUGCUGAAGCCACGAGAAACCUAUAUCCCUUUCACUGUAAAACAACCUGAAGGAUCACUGGAACCGGUCUUUGUGGCACUAUUAAAAGAUGAUGAAGUUAUUGACUCUAAAUUGCUAGUUCCUCAGCAGGAAACCAGCAUAAAAGAACAACCAGAUAGUUUUCAGAGUCUCUGACUGAACUACCCGUUCUUGGUCCUUGUCCUGCCCUCAGAUCUCUGGUUUUGUUUCCCUCAAAGUAACUUGAGGAGCCCCAGUAAGAACCACUAUAAACUCUGUUAACACUUGCAAAAAGGGCACUUCAUUUGACCAAUAUAGGAAGAGCCUGGGGUGAAAUACGUUGGAGUUUCCUUGUUUGGAGACUCCCAAGCUGCCCUGCCAUCUCCUCAGUCUGUACAGUGGGUGAAGAGAGAGCACAGUCAACAGGAAGUCCUUUGGAGCCGGUGUUUUGGUACAGCAUGGUGCCUAGCCCACAUUCCUUCCUUCCCAAAGUCUUUAACAAUAAUAGUACUUAACAGUUAGGUAACACUUUAUCAUGGAGUGCUGUCAAGGCGUGAACUAAUUCAGCUGCCCAGCCAGCCACUCCCCGAGAGCUGAGCGGUCCUAUUGCCUCUACAAGGUGGAAGCUAAUAAAGAGCUUUAUCACACUGAAAAUAGCAUUAUUACUGUAGGGAGACUGGACUUACUCUCUCAACCUACACAUGCUCUAGCUGAUUGGGUUCCCAGAGCAUAGCUGGGGUUACAGCAGUACCCCUGAGGGCUUGGGAGAGUCUUUCAAAUGCUAUCUGCCUGAGCUCUCAUUAGAGUGUUUUCUUCUCUAUAUCAACUACCAGUGAUUACUACCCCAGUAUUACCAAACCAAUUGAUAGCAAUUGGCUAUCACAAAGGGAUAUUAACUGAAAAAAUAUAGUAACGACAGAAAUAAAAGCUUCUCUUUCCAUCAUGUGGAGGAACAUUCUCCCUUACGCCAUCUCAGUUCCUGGGAAGAGUGGUCUCAAAUUUAAAGCAGUUUCUACACAGAACUCGUCCCCAUCAAGUUCACUUGUGAAUUCAGCACAGCCAAUGGCCAGAAUUGCUGCUCUGCCUCUCUGGUCCAACAUCUUUGGCCGCAGGGUAUAUCCACUGCUUGGCUUGGAUGUCAGUCAUCACUCCUCAGGGCGAUGCUAUUAGAUUAUAAUUCGGGCCUGGACUCUAUCUCCUGGAUCUCUAUCAGUUCACUCUCCCGAUCUUCCAAAGUUUACAAGGUUGCAGGCUAAUUUGUUCCAUCGCCAAUAUUCUUUCCCCUCAAGGCAAAAAAGCAUAAACACAACAGAAAGGCAAGCAACAGAGGCAGGCCUCGUGCUCACAGACUACAUAGAAGCGUGGGUAGGGAUAAAAAGCCCCAAGGCCUUUCUCUCCACUGGAAGACUUAGAGCAGCAGCCUUUGCCCCCCUCACCAGAGCACAGCCAGGAAAGAAAAAGGAAACUCCAUGGCUCAAUAGUGCCUUUUGAAUGUAUUCUCCUUUCUGGAUCCAAAGUGAAUCAGAAGAUUCUUCAAACGAUAAGCUGAUUGGAAACACUAGUUGUUCUCUUUCUGAAUUGAGGAGCACAGUGCUUCCAUUCCAGGCCAUCUUGCCUUUCCAGAAGCAGAGUCCCCAGCCUCUCCCUCAUGGUGAUUACAUCAUUAGAGCAUACAGUGCAUGCUUGCAAGGGACAAGCUUGGCCAAUCCAUUGCAUUAUUUACUGGAGGAGGCAACAGCACAGUGAAGGCUCUUUACAGAUGUUUCCAUCUCCCAUCUUAAAUAGAUAAUGAUGACACAGAUGGCAUAGCCCCUGCCCCCUCCAAAAUGAACAUUGAAUUGUAUCCCAUUUCAAUAAACAUAUACUCAAUCUAUCGG